UUUAGUUCGGCUACUUCGAAAAUCCUUACGGGUAGCUAAGUCACUUAAAUUAGUCAAGUUAUCCCAUGGACUCAUUACCACAAUGGGACCAACUUUACCCCAAGUCGAGUUUUUCUAUAACAACGUUAUCUCGGUUUACGCCUCGUUGGGUUAUAUUUCUAUUGCCCGUAAGGUGUUUGAUGAUAUGUCUCAGAGAAACGUCGUUUCCUACAAUUCCAUGAUUAGUGCGUAUAGUCGUGAUGGGAAUGUAGAUGAAUGCUGGAGGUUGUUUAAUGAGAUGAGGGGUUUUGGGUUUUCGCCGAGUCAGUUUACGUAUGGCAGUCUUUUGUCGUGUGAGUUGUUGGAUGUUGGUAGAGGAUUAUGUUUGCAAGCGGUGGCUAUGAAAAGUGGGUUGCUUUUUGCUGAUGCGUUUGUGGGAACUGCUUUGAUGGGUUUGUUUGGGAGGCAUGGUUGCGUUAAUGAAGCGUUUUGGGUGUUUGAUGAAAUGGGUGAUAAGAAUGUAGUGACGUUGAACGCGAUGAUAUCUUUGUUUGGACACGAGGGGUAUGUAGAUGAAUGUAUGUUGAUGUUUUGUGAGCUAAUGAGGACCCAGAUGGAACUGUCUGAAUCUUCAUUUGUUGGCGUUUUAUCUGGGUUUCAGUCGGUGGAAGAUUUAGAUUCAGGUAAACAAAUACAUGGGUUGGUUGUUAAGCUUGGAUUGCUAUGUAAAGUUGCGGUUUGCAAUUCUCUUGUGAAAGUGUAUGGGAAGUGUGCAGAGACGUGUGUAGCCGAGCAAAUGUUUAGAAUGAUACCUAACCGAGACUUGGUGUCAUGGAAUACUAUUGUUGGGGUGUUGGCGAAUGGAGAUGAACCAGUUAAAGCAAUAGACUUUUUCUGCAAGACAUACAUAGAUGGUAUUUUCCCAAACAAGACAACAUUUUUGAAUGCUAUUACCUCAUGUACGAGGCUAACUGACUUAACUUAUGGUGAAUUUAUUCAUGCUAAGGUAAUCAAGAACCAUUUCGAGAAUGAUGUUUUUGUAGGCAGUUCAUUGGUUAAUUUUUAUGCUAAACAUAAAAGACUAGAUUGUGCACAUCGUUGUUUUGACGAGAUACUAGAAAAGAAUUUGAUUUCGUGGAAUGCUUUACUUCUUGGAUAUUCCGAUAGAGGUUGUUCAACUUCUGUUCUGCUACUGCAGGAAAUGAUACAGUCAGGUGUCUCUCCAAAUGAAUAUUCAUUCUCUAGUAUUAUAAAGUCACUAUCAUCCUUGGAAUUAAUAGAGGUUCAUUCUUUGGUUGUUAAACUGGGAUACCAUUUUAAUGAGUACGUGAAUAGUGCACUUAUGACCUCAUAUGCUAAAAACGGUUCAAUAGCUGAUGCAUUGAGUAUCUAUCACUAUGAUAAAAUGCCAUAUUCUGUUGUACACACAAAUAUUGUUGCUGGGAUGUAUAAUAGAAGUGGGCAGUACCAUAAAGCUCAGGAGUUGUUUUGUGAACUAGAGGAUCCUGAUAUUAUAUCAUGGAAUGUUCUGAUUGCUGCUUGUUCACGUAAUGGAGACUACAAGGAAACUUUUGAACUGUUCCACCACAUGCAGAUGGACAGAAUCCCACCUGAUAAUUACACUUAUGUUAGCCUCUUAAGCAUUUGCACCAAUCUAUGUGACCUUGGUUUGGGUAGUUCACUUCAUGGCCUAAUGAUGAAAUCUAAUGUCAAUUGUGACAUAAUGGUAUGCAAUGUAAUGAUAGAUAUGUAUGGGAAAUGUGGGAGCUUACAGAGUUCAGUUGUGAUGUUUGAUGAAAUGAUUGAAAAAAAUGUCAUCUCCUGGACAGCUCUUGUUUCAGCCCUUGGUCAACAUGGACAUGGAGAAGAGGCACUAGAAAGGUUUAGAAAAAUGCAAUUGGUUGGUAUUGAACCAGACAAGGUGUCUUUUAUAGCUGCUCUUUCAGCAUGCAGACAUGUUGGACUAGUAAAAGAAGGGAUGAAAUUAUAUGAAGAAAUGAAUGAAAAAUAUGGCAUUGAGCCACAAAUGGAACACUAUCUUCUUGUUGUGGACCUGAUGGCUAGAUAUGGCCAUCUAAAGGAAGCCGAAAAGUUGAUUGCGGGGAUGCCUUUUCCACCAAAUGCCAGCAUAUGGCGUAGCUUUCUUGAUGGUUGUAAUAGGCAAAGAACCAUAGAGCAUCUUGCCCUCCAAGUUCAGGCAUGUUGAUCAUUGUAAGUAUCUGAUUCUUCUAAGUAUGGAGAACCAUAUUAAAGCAUGUUCCUUUAAUUAUAAUUGCCACGACUUAGUCUAAAUGAUGAUGGUAUCUAACAGCAUUAAUGUAUAUGCUAUUUGUUUGCGCAGAUGUUAGACCAUUAGAUGAAUUUUUGUAAGAUGAUUUUCUUAUUACUUUUAUGAGUUUAUGUAAUACAUAA